AUGUUUUCACUAACACGCGCAAAAGAUCCCCUUACUAAAGCAUGCGAAGAAGAAAAUCUCGAAAGUGUUAAAUCUCUUAUAGAGAACGGUAACUAUAAAGUAGAAUCUUUAGGUUUACCACUCAUUCUUGCGUCAUAUCAUGGUCAUCUUGAAGUUGUUAAUUAUCUUAUCUAUAUUGGAGCUGAUAAAGAAGCAAAGGAUAAUAAUGGAUGGACUCCACUCAUUUGGGCAUCAAGAGAAGGUCAUCUUGAAGUUGUUGAAUAUCUUAUCUCUAUUGGAGCUGAUAAAGAAGCAAAGGAUAAAGAUGGAUGGACUCCACUCAUUUUUGCAUCAUCUAAUGGUCAUCUUGAAGUUGUUAAACAUCUUAUCUCUGUUGGAGCUGAUAAAGAAGCAAAGAAUAAAUAUGGAUCUACUCCACUCAUUUAUGCAUCACAAUUUGGUCAUCUUGAAGUUGUUAAAUAUCUUAUCUCUGUUGGAGCUGAUAAAGAAGCAAAGAAUAAAAAUGGAUCUACUCCACUCAUUCUUGCGUCAUAUCAUGGUCAUCUUGAAGUUGUUAAAUAUCUUAUCUCUAUUGGAGCUGAUAAAGAAGCAAAAGAUAAAGAUGGAAAAUCUGCUCUUGAUGUCGCAAGUGGUUCUGUGAAAAAAUACUUAUUAUCAAUUUGA